AUGAUCUUAAAGAAGAGUGCAAUCACAAGCCAUAUUUGGAAGAGCAUUGAUGACCUUUUCUGGGACAACAAGGAUGCUAAAGUGAUUGGACUCGACAAUGAGUUCCGCAACAUUGUCAUGGGAGAUUCAUCUGUCACCGAAUAUUUAUUGGACGUUGAUGAGUCGCUGUGGCUUUCCGAUCAGCGAAGUGUUUGCGUGGAUUUUACAUUUGGAUGUUCUUUGACGUGCAAAGAAUCUUUGGUAUAUAUUAGAGGCUUGAUGUUAUGGGAUAGUGAAUAUCAAUCUUAA